GGCACGCGAAACCCACGCACCCAUUCGCACUGCCGCCUCGGCGCGCUCACACUCGCCAGGCACGCGCGCCGCACCUCCUCGCCGUUUCCGCGUUUCCUUCCACAACGGCGACCUGCCACGGCCGGAUGCCAAAACCGGCAACCCGGAGCGCGCGCCGUCGCAUAUAAGGAUGCCCCGUUUCCCUAGCCCUAGCCCGCGCCUCCUCCGACCCUCACCCGCCGCCGUCUCUCGAAACCCUACCCCACUCCGGCGGAUAGAUCCGGCACGUCCUGCCCUCUCCGCCGCCAGUCGCCAGAGAUGGUCGCCCGCAACUCAUCCGCGUACGCCUCCGACCCGGUCCACCAGGCUGCCAUGGCCGUCCCCAAGUCGCCCGUGCUAGCCGCCGACCCGCUCCACCAGGCCGCCGCGUCGGGGGGAAUUGACGGCGUUCCUGGAGCGCUCCCGACCGAGCAAGGGUCUUUGACGGCGCUGCCGCCCCCGCAAGCAGCGCCGGAGAUGGCCCUGCAGCAGCGCGCCACGUACAUAACGGAGCCGCCCCCGCCGCAAGGCACGCCUGUGAUGAAGACGGCCCCGCAGCAGGGCGCGUACAUGCCCGCGCCGACGCCCCCGCAAGGGCCCCCCGUGACGCAUCUGGUGAUGCUAGGGGCAAACACGGUGGUGCCGAUUUCCCUGCGGGAGCCGGUCAUUACCGUGCCCCCACAAGGCAGACCUGUGAUGGCACCUCUGCCUUUCCCUGCCGGUCCUCCAUCCUUCAUUCAUGAUGCCGGAUACAUGAUGGGGCAAUCACUGUUGCCUGCCGGCCCUCAACCCAUGACGGGGCUGCAGCCUCCAUCCGCCGGAUACAUGAUGGGGCACCCGCUGUUGCGUGCCAGCCCUUUACCGAUGACGGCGCUGCAUCUCCCACAGGCCGUACACAUGAUGGCACGGCCGCCUUUGCCCGCUGGUCCCCCUCCUCUCAAGCGUCACCGCCCUGACUACUUCGGCAUGCCUUUUGGACCGCGGAUGACUGGUUGGGAGCAGGAAAUGCCUGGAUUUGAUGAAUCAAUGGGACUGCCUUAUGGGCCUUACAUAAACAAUGAGAUGCCUUGUAUUGGUUCUUAUGAGCCAUAUCUUCCUUCAGACGCAUCAAACACCUUACAUGUUGAAGGUUUCCCACCCAGCUGUACUAGACGGGAACUUGCACAUAUAUUUCGCCCUUUUACUGGGUUCUGUGCAGUAAGGCUGGUCAACACAGGAUAUAAUAAUCGACAUGUAAUAGCUUAUGCUGACUUACAUCAUUGUUAUUUGUUUGACAUGCAUGACCGGUACUCAGUCAAAUUGGACCUCAAGUUCCUUCCUGGUCCGUCCAAGAUCUGCUGCCUUUUGUAGUUCUGUAUGCUAAUGGGAAACCAUAAGAUGAAGGCCCUUGUGUUUUGCUGAGAAAUGGUAGCUGUGUUGGCACGCCUUCCAUUAUGUAGCACUGUCUACAAGGCGGACCUGUGUUGCACCGCUGCCGCUCAAUCCAUGAUAGCGGAUCUGUGUUGGCACGCCUUCCAUUAUGUAGCACUGUCUACAAGGCGGACCUGACAACCAUGAUAGCGGAUCUGUCUUCGUACAAUUGCACUUCAGUCAAUGAUGGCGCAUCAGCCUCUACAGGCCGGAUACAUGACGGGACAACCAUUACCUCCGCUCCCCCCAUCCACUCAAAGCGUCAACGUCCUGACUUUGGCAUCAAGUUCAAGAUCAUAUUUGUGUGAAAUGCGUUGAAAGGAUUUUGACAAUAUUGUCGUUGGUGAUGUUAAGAGUCGCUGAAGAACUCAUUGUGUUAGACAUUGCUAUUCAUCCAAGACAUAAAAAGCAAACGAGACCACAUCAGUUGGCAGGUUUCCACUUUCUGGUUGUUUCAUGAGUAUUGUUCUUUGCUAUGCUGGAUACGGUCAUGGGUGUUAUUGUGGUGAUCUGUUUCCUGCUAGUACAUUGUUGUUUGCAAGGUUGUAUAUUUGUAGAGACUCCUUUUCGGGUGUGGCGAUUCGGUGCCUGAGCUCAGCUGCUCCCGAAAUCGUCGCGGUCCAGUUCGGCCUUGGGAUCCGAAUAAAUGGGCCUGUGGCGUCUGACGCGGGAGUGGAGAAAAGGGCCGUGCGGGAAUAUACAGUAUAGAACAGUACCUCUUUGGUGGGACCAGAUCGUAUUGGGAAAACGGCGGACGCGGACCAGAACGUUGUCAUUUAUCCCGAGCCGCGGAUCAGAUAAGGUGUACAGGACAGUAUUCUUUUUCCCUUGCGAUUUGGGUGAGGUGGGCGGCGGGCCGGCGGCGCUGGACGUGAGAUGGGGUGGCGCGCAUGCCUGUGGGCCGCUGAGAGUUCUCUGUUGCGGUAGAGAGGGAGAUCGGCUGGGGCGGUGUGUCACGGUGGCGGGGGAGGCUGCUUGGUCGGCUGCUGUGGAUUCACUUCUCAGGCUCUGUCUCAGAGGUUGCGUCUGUUGGUGAUGUUCUGUGGAAGGAGGGUUUCCGGCGGGCGGGCGGCGGGCGCUGUCCAGCGGGGUUCUUCGUCGCCGAUCUGCGGGUUUUCCGCCGUUGCCCCGCUCUGCUCCGGCUUCUCCUCCACCUGCUGCACUUCCUUGCCCCGUCCAGAUUAGGGAGUCACCAUGUGGUGGCUCGCUAUCUGCCCCCAUACCGGGGCGUCGGCCAUCUCGAGUUGUCCCCUCCGUUCGCCGUCCGAAUCGUGCCAGGCCUUUCUCCUCCAUGUGCGCCAUCUCCUGACGAACUCCACCUCAGAUUCAGUCUGAACCCGUGAUGCCCCCUCCCAGUCCCAGCCGUCCCUCACCCCCUUGCGCCCCUACACCUGUACAGUGCUGGGUUCCGUUGGAAGUCAUCUGCAAGUGUGCCACCUCUCAUGAUGGAUUCUUCUCAUGGUGGGGAUUCGGUCUGAAGGUGGAAGCAUUGCUCCAGAGUCGCUCAAAGUCUCAGACAACAAAAAUACUUGAAUUUGGUUUUCCGUGCUUCGACCCCUUCCACUUUGCCUCUAAACAUUAGAAUACUUCUACAUUCUUCUUGCCUUUUUUUAUUCAUCUCCUUAGUUGGGUUGAAAACUCUCUUGCAGAAAUUUGGCAACAAAUAAAUUUGAGGAAAGAAUACGAACACCAUUUUCGUCGUUGCACACCUGGACUCUCACGGAUAUCUGGGAAUGAGCGCUUCCUAUUCAAAAUUUACUUGCAGAAUCAACUGAUUGUUGGACGUUACUGACUUCGUGGACGGAGACGCUCAGAUCGGCUCAGAAAAAUGACUGAGCCGUUUGAGGCCUACCUGAUCUGCAUCUACAGUUGUAGCUUCCGUCGCAUUCAAUGCGUACCAGGCAUGUAUUACCGCAGAAAAAGAAAGCCUUCCGACCCCUUCAAUAAUCUUUCACUUACUGCAAAUACGAUUCGCAGUUGGGGAUGUGGCAGUGUUACCGAGGAGUGGGACAGCUUGUAUGCUCAGAAGGUCCAAUUGUUUACUUUCCUUUCUACUCUGCCCGAGCCCGCUCUGAGUUAUGGGCCGAGUGUUAAAACUAAUAUGGCCAAUUCUAUCGAGUAAAGAGAACAGAAAAAGAGUGACAUAAUAGUUCUUGAUUCGGAUGAUGAUGAUGAAAGCACAGGAGCACACAAAUAACUGACGCCUGAGAAAAACAAACAGCUCACACCUGAGAAAAAUAAACAGCUGAUGCCAUCAGAACAGGCUGGUGCUCUCACGAGAGGUAACCGAAAUUGAUGAAGUAAAUGAGACAAUGCAUGAUAGAGAUCAAAACAGUCAAAUUGUUCCAUAUAGUCCAAGUGCAACUUCAAUGAAUCAGUAUCCUUUAGCCAGCUAUCAACCAUCAGCAGUUCUGUUUGAGAGAGUUAUAUUGCAGAAAAGACCUGAGGAGGAACGUAUCCAUGAUCUGGCUGUCACUACCCAUAAGGAGAAAAUAGCAGAAACACAAGUUUUCCCUUCACUUCCUAAGGAGAGAAAAAUAAACGAAAAGUUGAUCCAAAUUCCCAAGUAGAUGGGGAUUUUGAAAUUGUGCCAAGAAAAAGAAAAAGAAAAAAUGAAGCAAAUCCAGCAGUAUUUGAUUUGCCCUCAGAACCUUACAAUCCUGUGGGGGAAGACGAGCCUAUGGAGGAAGAAAAUAUACAAGAAAAGGAAAGUGAUGGUCUUGAAGAUUUUUGGAAUGAGUACUCAGUGGCACUUGAAAGAUCUAAGCUCGACACACUUGAAGAGGCAGCCAAUGAGAAAGAGGUGAACAACGUCUGCAAUCAUGAAAUACAGAUUCAUGAAGAUCUGGGCCAUGUAUGCCGUGUCCGCGGUAUGAUUGUGAGAAGGCCUGACACAAUCAUUGAUUAUCAGUGGAGAAAGUAGGUGUUUGAUCUGCUUCUCCAUUUCUUCCUUUUGGUGAUGAGGAACUCUAUAAGGCCUUACAUGAGGUGGAUCAACUCCUGGCAUCAAGGGGAUUUUAUGAUCCAAUUCUCUCUUGGGAGCUGGAAUACAGUGCCUUUCAGGAGUUUGAGCCACUAUGUUGUGAAUUUGAAGAAGAAAAGUUUCCACACCCUUGUCCAACAGCUUAGUGACUUGUUCUGCUGGUAUUUCCAAGAUUUCCUCACUGGGGUUGUAAACUGCAGUUGUGACUGUUGUUUUGCCUUGGAUAGUGAAGCUGAACUGAUUGUGUGGCACAUCAAAAGCCACAGGACUGACCAAUGAAAACCAAUCAUACCCUAGAAUCAUAUCAUGACUAGGGAGGUUGAGAAUUCUGAAAGAGUGUUCCAACUUCAGUUUGGCUAGUUGAAAAACACAAUUUGGAACUACAACAGCAGAAAGCAGUAAACCCCCUCCAGCUACAGAAACCUUUCUGGGUCUAACAGGGAGGAAUUGACAGUUGGAUUUAAUAGCAAACUGUUCACUGAUGAAAGAGAUUGAACUUCCUGUAUCCAGUAGUGCUACUGCCCUUUUUCCAUUUACAUGCACAAUUACAGUAGGAGAAUGCACAGCAAGUUGCUGGCCCAUAGCAUGGGCACAGACAAACAUUGCUUGCUCCUGUUGUUCUGUCCCUUCUUCCACUACUUCUUGUUGAUCAGGGUCUGUUUCUUCUGGACCAGAUUCUUCCAUUUCUUGUUGUAACAUGUGCACAUUAGGAACUAGAGUGCAUUUAUGGGCAUGGAACCAUUUAUCACCACAUCUCCAACAUUCCCCAGCUUUUCUGCUUUUCUGAAUUUGGCUAUUAAUAUGUUCAGUGUUCUUUGUGGCAGUAGUUGUUGGAACUGCUACAGUGUUGAUUACUUGUUUGCCAGCUGCAGGUGUUACAGUUUUCUGCCAGUAGUUAUUGUAAGGUACUGUGGACUUCUUGACCUGUGUCACAGGAGGAGGGUGACAAGGUUCAAUCUCCUUUGCCAAACAGUACGCAUCAGUCAGAGAAGUGGGUCGAAGAAGUCUCAGUUGUGAGGAGUGCAGAUCUGCUGCCUUUUGCAGUUCUGUAUGCUAAUGGGAAACCAUAAGAUGAAGGCCGUUGUGUUUCGCUGAGGCACCAAGUUCAAGAUCAUAUUUGUGUGAAAUGCGUUGAAAGGAUUCUGACAAUAUUGUCGUUGGUGAUGUUAAGAGUCGCUGAAGAACUAAUUGCGUUAGACAUUGCUAUUCAUCCAAGACAUGAAAAGCAAAUGAGACCACAUCAGUUGGCAGGUGAAAUACAGAGCUCGAUGCCAAAAAUAAAGAUACCUAGUAAACCUAGGAGAAAGAAUUGACAAAUAAGGCAUGUAUUACUGCAGAAAAAGAAAGCCUUCCGACCCCAUCAAUAAUCUUUCACUUACUGCAAAUACGAUUCGCAGUUGGGGAUGUGGCAGUGUUACCGAGGAGUGGGACAGCAUUAUGCUCAGCGGGUCCAAUUGUUAACUUUCCUUUCUACUCUGCCCGAGCCCGCUCUGAGUUAUGGGCCGAGUGUUAAAACUACUAUCGAGCAAAGAGAACAAAAAAAGAUUGACGUAAUAGUUCUUGAUUCGGAUGAUGAUGAUGAAAGCACAGGAGCACACAAACAACUGAUGCCUGAGAAAAAUAAACAGCUGAUACCAUCAGAACAGGCUGGUGCUCUCAUGAGAAUGGUAAUCGAAGGAAUUGAUGAAGUAAAUGAGACAAUGCAUGAUAGAGACCAAAACAGUCAAAUUGUUCCAUAUAGUCCAAGUGCAACUUUAAUGAAUCAGUAUCCUUCGGCCAGCUAUCAACCAUCAGCAUUUCUGUUUGAGAGAGUUAUAUUGCAGAAAAGACCUGAGGAACAUAUCCAUGAUCUGGCUGUUGCUACUCAUAAGGAGAAAAUAGCAGAAACACAAGUUUCCCCUCCACUUCCUAAGGAGAGAAAAAAAAAACGAAAAGUUGAUCCAAGCUCCCAAGUAGAUGGGGAUGUUGAAUUUGUGCCAAGAAAAGAAAAAGAAAAAAUGAAGCAAAUCCAGCAGUAUUUGAUUUGCCCUUAGAACCUUACAAUCCUCUGGGGUAAGACGAGCCUAUGGAGGAAGAUGAGCCUAUGGGGGAAGAUGAGCCUAUGGAGGAAGAACAUAUACAAGAAAAGGAAAGUGAUGGUCUUGAAGAUUUUUGGAAUGAGUACUCAGUGGCACUUCAAAGCUCUAAGCUCGACACACUUGAAGAGGCAGCCAAUGAGAAAGAGGUGAACAACGUCUGCAAUCAUGAAAUACAGAUUCAUGAAGAUCUAGGCCAUGUAUGCCGUGUCUACGGCAUGAUUGUGAGAGAAGGGCUGACACAAUCAUUGAUUAUCAGUGGAGAAAGGUUAUUUGUUUGACAUACAUGACAAAUACUCGCUCAAAUUGGACCUUCAAUUAUUUGCUGGUCUAAGGUCAACUGAUGCAUCUUUGUGGGUUUUGAUUUCUUCAAUGUCAAUCUAAAACCUUCAAUUUGCAACUGCUUCCUUUGCUUUUGUUUCCUCAUGAACGAGAAUGGACAAGUUGAUUGUUUCUUGGGCCUUACCUGAUAUGCUAUGAUGAGCCUAUAUUAGAAUUGGAAUUGGUAUUAUAAGUUGCAUGUCGUAUGAGAUGAUCUAGUUUGUUAUUUGGUAUUGUAACUUAUCAUGUAUUUGCGUGACCCAUACAAAACAGUAUGCGACAGUGGACCAAACAUUCAAACUUUUGCGAGCAUCGAAAGGUUUUUUUAUUACCAAAAGUAAAAGGUUUAUGUCUGGUGAGCGUAUUAUGCUUGUCUCUAGUCUCAUGGAUUGACAUCAAUAUUUGGAAAAUUGAUGCCUUUUGCAAUCACUUGAGAUGGAAUUUGCCAUGGAAGAGAUCACGUAGCUUUUAUAUGUACAGUUAAAUACUUGUUGUAUCAAAAUAGCUAGAAUAGCUCAGUUGGCCAGAGCGUGUGGCUGUUAACCACAAGUUCGGAGGUUCAAGCCCUCCUUCUAGUGAGUUUUUUUCUCCACUUUUCGUGCAUGUAUGAUACAAAAAGAAAACCAAAUGUAUUCUUUUAGUAUCAUGUAUUUGUACUAUACACUCUAAUUAUAGUUGUUGGAUUCUUCCUACACAUAGCUAUUUAUCCCAUCAUUCCUUGUAUGAACCCCCUAACAUAUUCUUUGCGUCGGUCAUGUCAUGUGCUUAUUUAAAUUUGAACUCAAUAUUGUUGGGUAAUUUGUUUAGUUUCUAUGAACAAAACAGCAUGAAGGAGUGCCUGUAUAAUGAUCAAUGGCCAUAAUUAAGCAUGUAGCUUUGAAGACCUGGAGAUUUUAGUACAUAUUGAACAUUUCAACUGCUUCUUUUAAUUUGCGAUGAUAAAUAAUAGGGUAGUGGUAUGCCAUCUUGACAGUUGGUACAACCACUCAAGUGUUCUUGCUUUUGCCAUUCAAAUUUGACUACAUAGAACUAGGACCCUUCUGUCCGGAAUUUCUGGAUCUAAUUCAAAUAAACUUAUCUACAUCUAAGGACUGUACUACAGUUUAGUUAGUCCAAUGCUUACCAUGUUUUGCCUGUGUAUAUGCAAAAUACAUUUAGCUAUAUUUCUGGUUGAAGAGAAGGGUUGGGCGACACUAACUACAGUGUCAAGGUGCUUGCAUUGUUAACUUACUUUACAUGCUACAAUACUAGUUACUGGAUUCCAUCACUCAUGUCUUUAGAUAUUAUGGAAUGAUGGCUAUAUCAGAUCGUGAUCCCUCUACAGUCGUAUUUGUGCAAAAGAAUUCUUUAUUUGGCUCCUACGUUCCUUGUGAGCUAGUGUUGUCGAAGAAAUCGUCAAGAAUAGAUGACUUAGUGUAUGUUGCUUCUCCCAAAAGUGGAAGCACCACUCUUUUAAGGUGCGUUGUUGCCGUGCAUUAUACAAAUGACAGGUAUGUGAGGAUAAACAAUGGUAGGAUGUGGAACAUGCAGUUUGCGCUCAAAUUUUUCCUUUUCUUUUUGAAACGGAACAGUUUGUGCCAAAAUUUGAUCAAUAAGCUGUUCUGUUCAACGAACGGUGGGAUGUUUUGCACUUUUUCAAGUCUACCUUUCUAUUUUUACCGUGUCUUGCUUUUAGUACAAAUAAUAGAUAGAUAGAUGAUGUGGCUUGUUUACAUUGUGCAAGACAUGGGUUUAGUAACAAAUAUGGAACUUUGGAUUAUCAUUAUUUUCAUUUUUUUACAUGGUAUUCAUGAAAUUUAAAUGUAUCAUUGGAACAAUCAAUUAACAUUGUGUUUACCUCAUGUCAGGCGUCAAGGUCAAGAUCAUAUUUUUGUGAAAUGCGUUCAAAGGAUUCUAAUGAUAUUGUCAUUAGUGAUGUUAGAGUCGCUGAAGAAAUUAUUGCGUUAGACAUUUCUAUUCAUCCAAGACAUGAAAAGCAGAUGAGAGCACAUCAGUUGGCAGGUUUCCACUUUCUGUUUAAAAAUUUAGUCUCUGACAAACCAGGAGGUACCAUUCUAGCUCAUGCCCCUGGUUCGGGGAAAACAUUUAUGCUGAUUAGUUUCAUUCAGAGCUUCCUGGCAAAGUAUCCCUCUGGAAGGCCUCCUGUUGUACUUCCUAAAGGCAUAUUAGGUACAUGGAAAAGGGAAUUCCAACGGUGGCAAGUGGAGGACAUACUACUGUAUGAUUUGUAUUAGUCAAGGGUGACAAAGCAGAUCAGUUGGAAAUCCUUAACUCUUGGCAAGCCAAUAGGAGUAUCCUCAUGGUUGGAUACACUCGGUUCUCUUGGAUCAUUGACAGUGAUGGGGGUGGCACCGUUGCAGCUUCAUGCUGGGACAUGUUGCUUAUGUUCCCUAACCUACUUAUAAUGGAUGAGGGCCAUACAGCUCGGAAUGAGUCGACUAAUGUGCUAGAAUCACUAUGCAGAGUACAUACUCCACGUUAGUCCUAUCUGAUACACUUUCUCAGAAUCACGCCGCAGAAGUGUUCAACAUCUUGAACCUUGUACGCCCAAAGUUUUUCAAGAUAGUAUCAUCUUGACUGUAUAAUGAGUCAAGUAUCAAUAUCAGCUCGCAGGAUUUCAAAAGGAGUCACUGAUAAAUUCACCAAGUCAGUCAAAGAGACCCUGCUGCAAUGACGAUAACUUCACGAGGAAAUCACAUGUUAUUAGAAGUCUCAGAGAACUAACAAAACAUGUGCUUCACUACUAGUACAAGGGUGAUAUCUUGGAUAAACUACAUGGCCUAGUAGACUUCAGUGUCUUCUUGAAACUCAGUCCCAAGCAGAAAGAAAUCGUUCAUAAGUUAAGUUGAAAGCCUUUGAGAAGUUCAAAAAACCUGCAGUAGGAACUGCCCUGUACAUGCAUCCAUGUCUGUCAGAAAUGUCAGAAGUUGAUGCUACAGAUAGGGCUUCCAGAUUGACAGAUGUCACUGUUGAUAGUCUGGUCCAGUCUAUCAUCGUGGCCGACGGUGUGAAGGCCAGAUUUUGUCGGCUGGGGCCCGGUGGCACUGGGGAUAGUAUCGCUGGCCCCGUUUGGCGUCGCAAGUGAAGGGGAGGAAGGACUGGAGGCUCUUCUUCAACACGCUGUUCUGGAACCUCCACUAGUGGGAUCGGCCGUUCCCCCGGGCGCUGACGGUGGCGGUUGUUCUGAUCGCUGUCAAUUACCUGCUGCCGCUUAUGGCCGCCACCGGUGCCACGGACGCACCACCGGGUACCUGGGUCAUUGGCUACUUGGCCGAUGCCGCAGGUACAUACAAACGCCGCUUAGUAUCAGAAUUAUUACAGAUUGUUCUUAUCACUGUGAGGCAAAAGUUUUUCGUCAUUUUGUUCGUUCUCAUUCUCCUUUGCUUCCUUUGUUUUUGUCAUGUGCCUACAAAAACGUCUUGUAUAUAUCUUGAGACGGAGGUAAUAGCAAUCAUCUAUCUUAUGCAUUAGAAACAAAAACAUAUAGGAUAUCUAUGUAUCAAUAUACUUACUGCAGCCUCCUUGCAAAUAAAUAUAUAUACUUACUGCCGUCGCUCAUA